CCAUAAGGUUCACUGAAUAAUUUAGGAUUCAGCCUUAUGUUUAUAAACAAACUCGACUACAGGUUUUUGUGACCUAAACAAGAGGUUUCUUGCACUGCUUUGACACAACACAACACACAUUCAUAUACACACACACACACACACACACAACACAAACAUCCAUGUCAAGACUCCAUACUGGUUUAAAGUCACCGCGGAUACCCUGUCCACCACCCCGAAGCUGAUCACCAUGAGCGGGGAGAGACACAACCGCCCAUCCCGCUAGUAAUCCGCUCAGUUUCCGCCAUGAGCUCGGACACGGAUGCAGAGACCUGGGCCGAGUGCAUGGAUGUGGCCGUCAGGACAGCGCUCAUAGCCGGCCAGAUGGUCCGGGGGUCUGUGAUGCAAGAGAAGCGUGUGAGCAGUAAAAGCACUCCUACAGACCUGGUGACAGAGGUUGACCAGCAAGUGGAGGAGGUGAUCAUCUCCACACUCAGGGACAAGUUUCCCUCACACAGGUUUAUAGGAGAGGAGUCAUCUGCUGCAGGAGAAAAGUGUGUUCUUACAGAUAACCCUACAUGGAUAAUAGAUCCAAUUGAUGGCACUUGUAACUUUGUUCACAGUUUUCCCAUGGUGGCAGUAAGCAUUGGCUUUGCAGUAAAGAAACAGCUGGAGUUCGGGGUCAUAUACCACUGUUUUGACGGAACGUUAUACACUGGCAGGAGAGGUCAUGGGGCCUUUUGCAAUGGAGUCCGACUCCACGUUUCUGAGGAGAAAGAUGUUUCCAAAGCCCUAAUUCUAACAGAGAUUGGGGCAAAGAGAGAUCCUCACACACUGGAUAUCUUUGUGGGAAAUAUGAAGCAGCUGCUCAGUACACCAGUCCACGGAGUGAGAAUCAUAGGCAGCUCAACUCUAGCACUGUGUCAGGUUGCAACCGGAGCGGCUGAGGCUUACUACCAGUACGGCCUGCACUGCUGGGACAUCGCUGCUGCAGCACUUAUCAUCACUGAAGCAGGUGGCUGUGUGAUCGACACCACAGGGGGUCCUCUUGAUCUCAUGUCUCGCCGUGUUGUGGCUGCUGGCUCUCGGGAGAUAGCAGAUUACAUUGUCCAGCAGCUUAAACCAAUCAGCUACGGUCGUGAUGACGAAGACCCCUGACCCAGUGACUGGCCUUGAGCCCUUCAUCAGCAAAUCCUGACCUUUUACCUCAGAUCCCUACAAUCCUGCCAUGUUAUCUGCAGUGUCUUUUAUGCAAUGCUCUUUUUUUUAUAGAGUUUCUGAUUUUUUUUUUUUUUUUUUUUUUGCCACUCCACCGGAGGACUAAAUUAAUGCCUUAUAUUGCAGUGCUUUUUCCUGGGAAAAUAUAUGAGUGAAUAAACUGAAUCUAAUUACUUUCUGCACUACAUGCUCCUACUGUACAGAUUUUGGCAACUAGGUCCCAUUAUACAAUUCAUGUAUUUACUCAUGAAUCAAACAAGUCUUUUUGUAAUUUUAAGGCUUCCAUUAUAUAAUGGCACUAAAAGAAAGAUAAUAUAAACAUACGCUCACUGAGCUCUUUAUUAAAAACACUUAUACACCAUCACAUUCAUGUUAUUAUAUAAUCAGCCAAUCACAAUAUAUAAAAUCACGCAGAGACAGAUUCAAACCUUCAGGUAAUGUUCACAUCCAACAUGAGUACGAAGAGAAAACGUGAUCUUAGUGACUGAUAUGUUGGUGCCAGAUAGGUUGGUUUGUAGAAACUACUAAUCUAUUGGUAUUUUCACACGCAACAGUUUUAAGAGUUUACACACAGACUGGUGCAAAAACAAAAACCAAUCAAUUGAUGAAUGAGUUCCGCUGGAAGAAAUACAUUGUUGAUAAGAGGGGUCAGAGGAAAAUGGCCAACAGUUAGUUCAACAAUUAGUUCAAGCUAACAGGAAGGACAUAGUAACUUAACAACAACUCUUUACAACUGUGGUGAGCAGAAAAGCAUCUCAGAACACAAAACAUCAAUCCUUGAGUUGAGUGAGCUACAACAGCAGAUUACCACUUUGGGUUCCACUCCACAAUGGGCACAGGAUCACACAAACUGGACAAUCAAAGACAGACAGGAAAAUGAGCAUGCAGUGGUGUUUUUUUCUUGAACAGUCCUGAUUUAUUGACUCUGUGUCUCCUGUAGCCUCAGAUUCUUAUUCUUAGCUGACAGGAGUGGAAUCCAUCCAACUCAAGGAUUGAUGUUUUGAGAUGCUUUUUUUGCUCACCGCAGAUGUAAAGAGUCGUUAUUAAAUUCGAGAGAGUCGUAAAGAGUCGAGUUAAAGUAUCAGUCCCGUUAGCUUGAUCCACUGGCCAUUUUCCUCUGACCUCUCUUAUGAGCAAGGCAUUUUCACCAGUAGAACUUUUGUCCCUUGAUGUAUUUAGGUUUUCAAACUUUUCUGUAUAUACUCUAGACCCUGUAGACAGUUGUGUAUUGUAAUCCCAAAUCAGAGGUUAUAAAAGUACUCAACCAGCCCAUUUGGCUUCAGCAGUCAUGCCAUGGUCAAAUUCACAGAGAUUAACUGAAGCUGCUGCCACAGGAUUGGCUGAUUAAAUAAUUGCGUGAAUGUGUAGGUGUAAGUGUAUAACAGCUCUCAUUAUUGUGUUGAUUUAUUAUUGUGUUCUUAUCUGAGUGUUGUAUGUUGCCACUUCAGUUUUACUUCAGAUUUGCUCUGUACUGUAGUUUGGAAGAUGAGAACAUGUAGCAAGUGAAAAAGCAAUGAGCAUAAAGAAUUGCUGUGGGUCCAGCAUUUUGCUAUAGUGAUAAUAAUAAUAUUAAUAAUAAUGCACAGUAAUAAUCUUAGUGAAGUUCCCAUGAAGCCUUUACCUACUGGUAUAUGAAUAAUAUGAAGGCUUUUUUAUAAAAAUGAACAGCACCUGUGGAAAAAUAUACACUGUGGAUAGAACGUUCAGGAGUAACUUCACUUGGAUUAAAUGUUUCAACCCAAAACAACUUUCAAGAAAUUCUGACUAUACGUACAUACAUAGAGUGAAGCCUAUUUAUUUGAAAGUGUAUUGAGACUAUACUAUAGUCACUAAGAGCUUGGAAUGCUUACUAUGCUGGCAUUCAUUUAGUAAUUCAUCCCUACAUGUAGACUCCAUAUGUAAAGUACUAACCUGACACUUUGCCUGUGCCGCUGUCAGUCAUGCAGCAUUAAUUUGUCAUGUAGCAUCAAUUUGAACGACCUAAUCACAAAUUCAACUAUCAGUUAAUGUUCACAUCUGUCAUUAGAAUGUGAUCUCAAUGACUUUGACAAUGGCAUGGUUGUUGGUGCCAGACAGGCUGGUUUCAGUAUUUAAAAAAAAAAAACAAUUAUCUAUGAUUUUCACAUGCAACAGUCUCUCAAGUAUACACAGACUGGUGUUAUUACUCCUUUUCCAGUCUUCACCUCUCGCGUUUCGGUGAGUCUGUGCUCAUGAUCAUGUUCUUGACUCACAGAAGGGAAACCUGAUGUUAUUGGUAACCUUGGUAACCUUCUGCUAUUGUAGGUCACCCACCUCGAGGUUCAGCUACUGUGCACUGUGCAUUCUGGGAUAUCUGCUUUAUAGCGUUACCAUAGCCUUUCAGCCAGCUUGAACCAAAGUGACUAUUCUCUGCUGACAUCACCAGAUGAAUUUGGUUUUUCACACUAUUCUCUAUAAAACUCUAGAGACUGGUUUGUAUUUAAUGGAUGUUGGGUAGACCGGGGCAUCCAAUCUUAUCCAUAAAGAGCUGGUAUGGUUUUUCUUUUUAAUCAAACAGGAGUCAAACCUAAUUAGUUAAUCUUGGCUUUCAAUAGACUAUGAUGUCUGGCUUCUUGGCUGGAAUGAAAGCCUGCACCUACACUGGCCCUUAAUGCAUAAUCUGUGAUAAAGGUUUUAAUCUGAAUUUGAGUGAAAAGCUGUUAGUGGAUUUGGCUUAUACUGUACGUGAAAUGGGUUCCUAAAGUAAUAUGCUGUUUUACAUUUUUAUGCAUUUUAUAAUGGGUUACUCCACAAACACCAAUUUUACUCUUGUAGGGCAGGACCUCUGUCUGUGUUAGAUGAGCAAUCCUUUCUGAUCCCAUGAUAUUGUGCGCGGAACACUAAAUUACACACUGCUCUUUUAUUGCUUACAAUGUUAGCAAUGUCAAUGUUCAGUGUGUGUUUCGGUUCAAUUAUGAAUAAAGUUUAAAGACAAUUCA